GGUGGAAAACGCCGGGUGUGAGUGCUCAGGGGCAAGGCCAUGGCUGAGCAGCAGGACGGCUUCUGCUUGCGGGAGGUGCUGGCCGCCUUCCGGGCUUGCCUCACGGCGGAGCAGACCGUACUCAUGGACCCCUACCUGUGCGGCUGGAACGGGCUCAUCAGGUUUCUGAACAGCCUGGGCACGAUUUUUUCCUUCGUGUCAAAAGAUGCGGUGACCAAAAUACAGAUCAUGGAGAAGUACCGCAGCAGCGACCAGCAGGAGAAAUACGAGACUCUUCAGUCCAUGGUGGAGUACGAGUUGGCCAACGGCCUGGUCGGCCUCAAAAACCGAGGGGAGUGCCCGGAGUCAGGCUGUCGCACCAUCUUGCGCCUCCACCGAGCCCUUCACUGGCUGCAGAUGUUUCUUGAGGGGCUGAGGACCAGCCAAAAGGACUCCAAGACGUCUGUGAUCUGCACAGACUCGUACAAUGCCUCCUUGGCAAACUACCACCCCUGGGUUAUUCGCAAGGCCGCCACGCUGGCUUUCUGUGCUUUGCCCACCCGAAACGCAUUCCUGGAAAACAUGAAUCUUGGCACUCCCGAGGAGGCGGUAGAUAUGCUGGGGGAAGCCUUACCUUAUGUCUGCAAAGUCUAUGAGAUCACAGAGGAGCUGUAUGCGAAGCAUAAAAUGCUCGACCUUCCUUGAUGGGGGGGGAGAGAGGGUGGGGUUUGAUUGCAUUUUCUCCGUAGUGUGACUUGCAAGGACCCACGCUCCUUAUCGCUGUGCACACAUGUAAACUAGAACCUGCUGAUAUGCACUAAAGCUUGGGGUCUUUCCUCUUCUGUUCCACUGUCAUCUCUCAUAUAUUGCUAAUAGACUGCAGCCAAAUCUGAGUGCUUUUCUUGAGUCUCAUGAUAGCAUCCAUGUUUUGGCUGCUGUUUUGUUGAAAGAAACAGAGAGAUCAUUCCAAAGCUAUAUGAUAUUGCUCACGCUUCAAGGGAUCCUUCGUCUCUCUCCUGUCCCCUGGGUUCCUUUCCAAACUUUAUCUGAUUUUUUUUUUUUUUUUUCUUCUCCUUCUAGUUCUUUAGAAAACUGGAUGUAGGACCCGGAAAUGAAGGAUCACUAAAUUUUUACCUUGAAGCAGGAAUGCUGGGGAGGUCUGUUCAGCCUACUAUUCAGGGACAAGGGAGAAAUCCUUGGGACAUACCAGGGCCUUGAAUUUUGCUCUUUAGUUCAAUGCACUUUUAUUCCUGGGCUCUGGUAACUGUAAUGCUUUCUCUUGGAAGAAGCAAUUGAGCAUAGAUCUCCUUGAAAAUUGUUUGUCAUUAAUAGCAGAUCAUUCUUACGUGUUCUCCUCUGCUUUCCCCUCCCCUCAAAAAGAGUUCAGGAGCACUGAAUUGUGAUAGUGUAACACAGUUGUCUCUUCGUUUCUAUCCUGGCUCUGACAUGCCUGCAAUCCUUUUCUAUUCCUUCUUUCUAUCCCCUCUUGCUCUUUGCUGUUCUGAGUUGAGGAAGCAGCUUUAGUGUAUGCUGCAUGAUACUAAACUACAAAACUGUGCAGAGUUUUAUGCAUUUUGAGGACUGUAUAUAUAGACGCUGCAUAACAAUAUAAUAAGCUUGAGGAAACAAAGGGAAUGCUGGAGGCUUGGAGAAACAAUGUCUUGAGCUUGUUGGGAUGAUUGUAACUUGUGCUAUGUAUCAAAUCAGUGUGUGCGGCUUCUUCCCCCACCUCUUGCCAAAGCUGUAAUGGUUUCCAGACCAACUAAAUGUUAGGUUUUAAACAAAAGGCAAAUAUUCAUGCAAGUUCUAUUGCUAUUUUAGUGUGGAUUCCCGUUUGCUAAAGUAUAGGAUAAAUAAGAAGGGAAGUGUAAAUAAGGCAGUGUACGUGAAUUUGGAAAGCCCUGGAUGUGUUUUGUAUUCUGAGAGCCACUACCAAUACCUGUGUUCUGAAAACCACUAAAACAAAAUAACCCUAGACACUAGAAUGGCUGCUGAUUUAUUCUGUGGGACACAGGAAUUCAGUAUUACCUCACAGGGUUCAGUCUAGUUAACAUUGUUUUCUGUUAAAUUACAUAAAAUAACUUGCUCCCACAGAGCGCUGUCAUACAGGAAUGCCUCCCACUUUCAGAUGUUGGAAGGCCUGUGUGACCUUUGGUUUAAUGCAGAGCACGCGGUCUUGAACGGCUGGGUAAUUAGCAGCUUAGCUUGUUGAUUACAAAUGAGACCAAACCCUUAACUGAUGUUUGUAGAAAGCACCUCUGUCUGGAUGAUUGGUGUCUCUCUAUGGAAAACUGUUUAGCUAAGUGACUUGGAAAAGGAAGGUUUUCCUGUCUAGUGCCAGCCAUCAUAAAUACCUCUUAACCAUGGUAGGUGUGUGUCCAUGCUCUAAGGAAGCUCUGUGAAAUGUGUUGUUCUCCUUCCAUAUGAAGAUUUUUGACCUUUAAAAAUGCUGCUUUUGCACACAGUGCCGUGGAGCAAAUUAUGCAUGAAGACAAUCCAGGUAGCUCCAUGUGCCACCUUUUAAGAAACACUCGGGGAUGUUUUAUUCUGUGAUAGUCAGCAUAAAAACUUUCUCAGUUCAGCCUCUCCUGAUGAGAGGCAGCUGGUAAUUUGGGGGCAUAUUGUGUUGCUUAUUGAUGGGUUUUGUGCCAUGUAUUGCCCGGAAAUGAAUGUAAUGUUUGUGUUCUGCGGGAUUAAUACAAAGACAGCAGUUUUACCACGUACAGGUGGUUUGUUUGUUCUCCGUUGAUAUGUCCAAGCUAAAUACUCAUCUUGUCAGACCAAAAGUUUAAGGGCAGGAGUUGAAACAUAACUUACUUGCCUUGUUUUUUCCCAUUAAAGUCGGCCUGUCGGUGCUA